GUCUACAAGGGUGGUCGCCGUUGUGACGUUCAUUUCGCCCCGCGUGGACGAGUAUACCUGUAAAAAGGGGGUUGGUUGGUCGGUUGGAGGUCACUCGAUUUCUGUCAACACACUCAAGAUAUAAAUAACAUUUGUGUCAGUAGUGUUAUAUAUGUUGUUCAACUGGAAUCAAGAGUGAAUUAUAUUAUGAUGCUUGUUAACUUGUUUGAACUUGGUGAAGGUUGCGAGGUGCAACAUGCGGAAUAUUUUGAAGUAACUGAAAGAAACACAUUUUGUUAUUAAUAAGAUUUAUGCACUCAGUGGUUUUGACGUUUUAUCUUCUUUUCAUUUCUACUUUGAAGUUCCAAGUAACAUUUGACUGGCAACCUGUUGCUGCUACUGUCAGUUCGUAGAAUUUUCUUCGGUAUUGUUGAAAUCGGGAAGUAGUUGGUUUACAAGUGGUGUAUUAGGCUCAGUGAAGUUCUGUAUGUUUAGCAGUAAUUACAUACAACUGCAACUGCUUGCAUAAUAUAUCUUUGACAUUAAUGAGGUAUACUUAAACCGUUCACAAUAUAUUCAUCAUUAUCUGUCCCUCAGUUUAUUAUAUACAAGUUUAAGGUCUCUCUUUUCCCAUUCUAAUUCUUUAUUACGCUGAGAUAUAAUUAUUUUUUGCCUCAUAAUAUUUUCCAGAAAUCUGUCUCGUUCAGCAUGGAUUAUCUUUGUACUAGUUUUAUAUAGAAUCCGAUAUGAAGCGCAUUUUCUCGUUAACAUGUGGAAACGUACAUCCACCGUCAACUGUUUCUGAAUUUGUUAACAGUUUGACGUGACCCACUCUAAUGUCAUCAAUUCUUGGUAGUUACAAUACAUGUUCACCUCAUAUGUCAUGGGUUGUCAGUUACUGUGAUUGUUAUUGUUGUUGUUGCUGCUGCUUCCUUUGUUGGAUAGGGUUGUUACUUCUUUUCUUCUGCUUACUCUUGUUAUUUCCGCUUUCUCUUCUUGUUCUCGUAUCACAUGCUAUUGAUGAAAAUGAUCUGCAUCUUUUAGAUGACUUCAUGUUGUCUGCUUCCUCACCUUCUAUCAUGAAUGUUCCAAUUUUGAAUCUCUAUGAUCAGCAAGUACAGGCUAGUCUCAGUCUGUCUGAUCAAUCGGCACAAUAAUUCGAAGUUUUUUUUCUCCGUAUUUUCAGAUAAUCAUCAUAUCCUCUUUAACAUUUUAUAAUAAUUCCAAUUACAAAAUAAAAAUACUAACUUCAACUUUAUCACCAAGGAGUUCAUAGUUACCUGAAAAUACACCAAGUGGGGUAUCCGACAAAUCGCACGGAAAUUGUGUUUUGGAAUACUGUGAAGUUACUGCUUAUCCCAGUAGCUACAUUUCUUUAAUAUUAGAUUUUAUUUCACCUGCAGUUUUAAAUAAGUUAUUGAAAUAUUUGUGAGACGGGAACUAAUCAUGUCAUAACUCCAAGAAUUAAUAUUACUUCCGGAAACAGAUCUUCGUCAGUGCAAUAUAUAUACCUAAAAGUAUUUCGCAAAGGACAUUCCUUGAAAGUCUUGUGAAGAAAAUAAAUUUAAGCGAUUUAUUCCAGCUUGAACUGAGACUAAAUAUGAACUUUUUAAAAAGUUAUUUAAUUAUAGAUUAGGACAACAGAUGUUGUAUAAUUAUGGGUGAAAUAUUUUUGAAGUUGUCGAAAUGUUGAGCCCGAAAAUGCAGCGAACUAUUCGCGUUAAUGAGAAUCAGUUGCUGAACCUCUCCGAGAGGGCCCACUACGACCACUCGCUGGCCGGGUACCUACACAAGCGAACUGCUGACAGCACCAAGUGGCAGUCCCGGUGGUUCGUUCUGUAUCAGAACCUGCUAUUCUACUACGACUCUGAUUCAUGCAAUCGGCCAUCAGGAGUUGUUUUGCUUGAAGGCUGCUACUGUGAGCGCCUCAUUACAGCCGGCAGCGGCAGUGGGGGGAAAAACAAGGAAGCUACCGAUAAGCAGCAUUGUUUUGCCAUUUCCUAUCGGCGAGAAAACCAGCGCCAGUACGAACUGCGAGCCAGCACGGAGUCUGACUGCAAGACUUGGAUAGAAGCUAUUAGAGAGGCAAGCUUCAACAAGUUGCUUCUGCAGAAGGAAGAACUGGAACAGAAACAUCUGCACCUGCUGCAGAUAGUCGAGAGCGAGAAGACUGCCAAGUGGCAGUACACGCAACAGUGCGAGGAGCUGGCUUCAGAGAUUAAGAAGCUUCGUGCCGAGCUAUGUGCGCUGAAGAAGGAGUGGCGUCCAGUACCCUCAUACAGCACCAACGCAAGUCUCAACAGUGGUCUGAGUUCUCAACCCAGUGCAGGGGGCUCAGGGGCGUCCACUGCUACCAGCUGCCAGGAGACGAUGGAACUUCGGAAGAUCAAGAAGGUACAGAGUUUCUUCAGGGGCUGGCUCUGUCGCAGACGCUGGAAGCAAAUAGUGGAGCAGUACAUCAAAUCACCUCACGCAGAGAGCAUGCGCAAACGGAACAGCUUGGUGUUCCGAAUGGUAGAAGCUGAAGAAGAAUAUAUGGAACAGAUGGAGGUGUUGGUGUCGUGUUUCUUGAGACCUUUCAAAAUGGCCGCCAGUUCUAAGAAGCCACCAUGCUCCCAUGAAGAUGUGAACUCCAUCUUUCUAAACAGCGAGACUGUUCUAUUCCUCCACCAGAUAUUUCUCAAGGGCCUUACGUCUCGAAUGGAGAGUUGGCCCACUUUGGUUCUUGGGGACCUGUUCGACAUGCUGUUACCAAUGCUCAGCAUCUAUCAGGAGUACGUACGCAACCACCACUACAGCCUGCAGGUUCUGACGGAGUGCAAGCAGUCCGCCCUGUUCGCCGCCUUGCUGGCGAGGCUAGAGAACAAACCGGCUUGUCAGGGGCGCAGCCUGGAGAUUUUCCUCACCUACCCCAUGCACCAGAUCCCGCGAUACAUCAUCACACUGCACGAGCUUCUGGCACAUACUCCACAUGACCACGUGGAGAGAAAGAGUCUGCAGAACGCAAGGCAACAGCUGGAGGACCUUUCGAGACAGAUGCACGACGAGGUGAGCGAGACUGAAAACCUGAGGAAGAACUUGGCUGUGGAGAGAAUGAUUGUGGAGGGCUGCGACAUUCUGCUGGACGUCAAUCAAGUGUUCGUCCGACAGGGGAGCUUGAUCCAGAUCCCAUCUGAUAAACCUCGAACUUCAAGGAGCAGGUUAACAAAUUUUAAAAGUGAGAAGGAAGCCCUAAGGCAGUGCUUUCUCUUCUCAAAUCAUCUCAUAUUGGCGACAAGAACUUCCGGAGGGCGACUUCACCUUGUUCCUGAAAUCGGCAAGAUCCCUUUGGCUGAUGCACUGCUCAUUGAGGAUCCGAGUGACCACGGCGUAAAUGAUGACGAUGAGUCAUCUGUCUGUUCAAUGUCAAGUCAGUCAAGUGGAAUCAGUGAGACUUCAAGCGGCAGCUGUCACCUUCACAAUCGCGACUUCAAAAUCGUCAUUGAUGUGAAGACAGGGUUUCCACAGGUGGUUGUGCACCUUGUUGCACCCACCAUGCAGGAAAAAGCUGCUUGGAUCAGUGAUAUCAGCCAGUGCAUGGACAACGUUCACUUCAAUGACUUGCUGCAUAGUUCAAUGUCAGACACGUCAUCAGUCACCAUGCCACAAUCCAUCAAAAAUGAUCCCAGGCUGUUCAAGGAUGAUGUGGACAUUCGCUUCAGUCGUACCCUCAAUUCCUGCAAGGUGCCCCAGAUUCGAUACGCCACACCAGAACGACUCCUGGAGAGGCUCACAGACUUGCGGUUCCUCUCUAUUGACUUCUUAAACACAUUUCUGUUGACGUAUCGAGUAUUCACAGAUGGUGUAACAGUACUUGAAGCACUGAAGAAGGUUUUCUACAAUGCAGAUCCACCAGAAGCUCAGACAAGCACAGCUGGGUCUAUUAUGUCACUGGAUGUAUUGGGUGUCCGAGAGGACCACAGCACUCUGCACUUGUAUGACAGUGAACGGAGACGGAGCAGCGCAUCACCCAGAAGAACCAGUGGUGCUAGUUCUGUUUCUGGUUAUGGUUCAGAGAUGAGUGAUCGUGAUCGAAGCCAUAGUUAUGAUUCUCAAGCAUUCUCCAAGGGGCACUGGCGAUGCAGCUUCCGCAGGUUUGAAGAGGAAUCAAGGGAAUUAGCAUUGAUAAAAGAAAGCCCCCCAGUCAUCCGACAAAGUCCAACACACCAUCCCUCACCUUGUACCACACCACGCAAGAGUGUGAGUAUUCGUGUAGAAACAGAAGACGAUGGGCGUCAUCUUACCAUUCCGAAGACAAUUGCCGUGUCUUCAAGUUCUGAGACUCUUACUGAUAACACAGUGAUAAGUGCCCCAUCAUCACCAAGCAAUCUCAGUAAUGUCACCCUUGUUGGGUCAAACAACUCUGAAACGAGUCCUCAGGACAAUGACGCUCCACGGACAGAGCCAGAAACAGAAACUGAGACAGAGACUGACUCAGAAACAAAACAGCAACAGGACACACCCACAGAACGAAAAGAAAUGAAAGCAAUGUCACCUGUUACAAAGGAGAGUACUGAAGAACAAACAAAGGCUACUGGUACAAGUGUGCAGUUUAAGACUGAGGAGAAACGGGCAUCAGUUCCAAUUCUGGAAUCAGAACGACGACUAUCUCGUACACAGACAAAACAGAAAGGAUCUGAGGGGCAGGCCAAGAGGGAUGGAUGUGAAGAGGAGAAGGGGAAAUCAGAUGAUUUUCAGCUGUCUGAUGAAUUAGGCAUUGAAUCUGUGACUCAUGAACACAAAGCUGGUACUAGCUCGAGGUCGGCCUCCAUCACAACAAAUGUGAUCCAGACCUAUUAUGCAAGUAGGAGAUCGAUUCAGGACUCAGAAGGUGGUGCAGGUAGCAUGUCUCAGAGGGCAAGCUUCCAGCAUGACUCCCCACAAAACUCCAGCAAAGCAGGUGUGGUUAUCACUUCAUUCCGACAGUCACAGAGAAGCAUUGGACAUGAACCCCUAUGGAGUAGUACAUCAACUGCUGCAGCAGCAUUUGCUAUUGCAACAUCUGCUUCAAGCAACCCACGGGACCACACAUUGCCCACUAAGCCGCCUGUAGGUGCCGGAGGAAGGUGCAGUGUGGGGGAUGCAAGCAUGAGGGUUGGAAGCUGUCGGGAACGGAACAGAAGGAAAGAAUCUGUCAUGUCAACUGCAGCCACCAUGCGAGUGCUGAAUGUUCUUAGGCACUGGGUAUCCAAACAUGCUCAGGAUUUUGAAUUGGACCAGUGUUUGAAGAACCUGACCAUUGAGUUUCUUGAUGACAUUAUAUGCAGCCCAAACUUACUGCCUGCAGAACACAAAGCUGCAUCCCAGCUACUCCGCCUCAUAACGAAAGAAGAGCCAGAGAGUAGUAAAGUGGACCUUGAUCUCCUGCUGGCCCCUCCAAUGACACCAAGCAAGGAGAAUAUAGAAACCCUGUCAGCACUUGAGAUAGCUGAGCAGAUGACCUAUGUUGAUCACCAGAUAUUCAUAUCCAUAUCUAGUGAGGAGUUCCUUGGACAGGCAUGGAUGAAAACAGAUAAGGCCACUAAAGCUCCGCACAUAAUUUUAAUGACCAGGCGUUUUAAUGAGGUUUCUCAGCUAGUAGUUUCAGAAAUAGUCCGUCGCUCCAAUAUGGCCUCUCGAAUUGCUGCUAUUGAAAAAUGGGCAGCUGUAGCAGAUAUCUCAAGAUGUCUACAUAAUUUCAAUGGUGUUCUGCAGGUGUGUGCUGCCUUCACCAACAGUUCUGUGUUCAGGUUGAAGAAAACUUGGGAAAAAGUUUCAAAAACGACCAAGCAAACAAUUGAGAAACUGCAGAACAUAGUUUCAUCAGAUGGACGUUUCCGAAACUUGCGUGAUGCUUUACAUCGGUGUGAUCCUCCCUGCAUACCAUAUCUUGGCAUGUACCUUACUGACCUCUCGUUUAUUGAAGAAGGCACACCCAACUUUACAGAAGAUGGGCUCCUCAACUUUUCUAAGAUGAGAAUGAUUGCACAUGUUAUUCGAGAGAUCCGGCUCUUCCAGCAAACUCCGUACAAGAUUGAUCUAAUUACUAAAGUCACCAAUUACUUGCUGGAUCCUUCAUUACUUCUGGAUGAUGAUGAAUUAUAUAGAAUGUCUUUGGAAAUUGAACCACGAACCUCGCGUCUCAGCUCCUCGGCCAUCGCACAACUUCCACUCUCUCAGACCCCACCAAGAUCUUAAUGCGGUCUUCACAGUUCGUUGUAUCAUCUUUAGCCUUUAUACUUGCAGUUGCUCAUGAAUUACUCUACUUAGAUGUACAUCCCACAGUUGUUCUCUCUUUAAAUUUUGGAGUUGCCAUGUAAUAACCAGGUAAAUUAUUCACUGAAGAACAUGGAAUAUAAUCUGUCAGAAGACAAUGCAUCUGUAGAAGAUAUUAUACUUGAUGUCAUAUUUCUGUGGAAAGCUGUAGUCAUAUGCAGUCAUAGACAUCUGGUUCAGUCAUGAUGCAUUUUUAAGCUCAGUGCAUGUUUUGGUUCAGUGGUGAUAUGCAUAAGGGCUGUCCUCUUGUUACAUAACCUAGAAUUCUUGAAUACAAGAUGAUGCUCUUAAAGUGUAUUAACUUCUUCAAUGUUUAUUGCUGGUUUGGUGAAAAUAAAGACGUGGCAGUCCAUAUAAUAACAGACUAUGCAGAAAGCUAUGAUGUCUCUCACACACAGUUGUUAGUAUAAUAUUUCCAGAUGUCCAUCAUGACUGACUUCCUAGCUUAAAAGUGAAACUGACAUUUCACUUUAUCGUGAAUGGAUUCAUGUCAUGAGUUUAUAAAAUGAUUCAAAAUGGUGCUUGUCCUUUAAUAAAAUUUCAUUAACUGGUUUCAUUUUAUUUUGUGACUGUUUAUAUGGCUGUAGAAGAACAUAUCUGAAAGACAAUUUGUUUUUGCCGCCACAGAAAUACCGCACAAUUUUGCUGUUUCAUCUAACCAGAUGGAAUUCAGUGAUACUGUGAGAAACAUUCUAUAAGAAU